GAGGAGGAAGGCGGCGGGGCGAUCCCGCUGCCCGGCCGGCCGGCGGUAGGCGGCGCCGCUGCUCGGCGCCUGCGCGGGAGGCGGCGGCGGGCGGUGAAGUUGGGCGAAGCGCAGCUGGUAACAUGCAUAAGCUUAAAUCGUCACAGAAGGACAAGGUCCGGCAGUUUAUGGCCUUUACCCAGGCCGGGGAAAGGACUGCUAUAUACUGCUUAAUGCAGAAUGAGUGGAAACUAGAAGUGGCAACAGACAACUACUUCCAGAACCCAGACUUGUACUACAAAGAAUCCAUGAAAAAUUCAGUAGACAAGAAGAAAUUAGAACAAUUGUAUAAUCGAUACAAAGACCCACAAGAUGAAAAUAAAAUUGGCAUUGAUGGGAUUCAGCAGUUCUGUGAUGAUUUAAGCCUGGAUCCUGCCAGUAUCAGUGUUCUGGUUGUAGCAUGGAAGUUCAGGGCAGCUACUCAGUGUGAAUUUAGUAAAAAGGAAUUUGUAGAUGGCAUGACAGAGCUGGGGUGUGACACCACAGAAAAACUAAAAGCUCUAUUGCCGCGACUGGAACAAGAACUGAAGGAUCCAACGAAGUUCAAAGAUUUUUAUCAAUUUACUUUCAACUUUGCUAAAAACCCUGGACAAAAAGGUUUAGAUCUAGAAAUGGCAAUUGCAUAUUGGAAUUUAGUCUUGUCAGGAAGAUUUAAGUUUCUAGAUCUUUGGAAUAAAUUCUUGUUGGAACAUCAUAAAAGAUCAAUUCCAAAAGAUACUUGGAAUCUUCUGUUAGAUUUUGGAAAUAUGAUUGCAGAUGAUAUGUCCAACUACGAUGAAGAAGGAGCGUGGCCUGUUCUUAUAGAUGAUUUUGUGGAAUAUGCACGACCUGUAGUCACAGGAGGAAAGCGUAAAACUUCCUAACCCGAGACUUGAUGUGGACUAAAUGCACAGUCUGAACUGCAUUAGAUAACGAAGACUUGUUGGCUGAUAACUGUGCACAUUGUUGCUGGUUUCGGUGGUCGUGAUGAGAUUCCGGAGACAACGCAGAAAUUCCUCCGUUCUGUCUGAAGAAAAUGAUGGCUGACUCGUGGACAUUUCAUGAACAAACUCCAGAAGAUAGUCCAGGCUGUUUGUAGGCUAUUGGCUUCAAUUAUUGUACUGGUUGUAUCAUAUAGGAUGUAGAUUUUGCAUGAUUUUAUACUUUGGAGAAGUUUAACUAGAGGCCAUUUUAUUAAAGUUUUGACAGCACAGCAUGCCAUUGAGUUCAUGAUCCAAAGUGAACACCAGCAGUUAAAUAAAUAAAACUGUAUUAUACUGUACUUAUAUGAAAAGCAGUAUUUGUGGUAUAUAAAUUAAAUCCCUAA